UCCAGGUUUGCCCACGUGCAGGGGGUGGGGAAGAGGCAUUCCCUUCCACACACAGUGGGCGCGAUGGCGGCGUCUUCUUCUUCUGUGGAGGCGACGAAACCAACGGCCACACUGGCGGCUCCCCCUCUCCUUUCCCUGGACCCGGAGAGGCAGAAGGAGUUCCAGGCCAAAGUGCACCGCGUACGCAAGGCGGCUGCCCAGAAUCAGAAGCUGACACCUGGUGUAAUUUACUUGGGUCAUAUCCCAAAGGGUCUCUCUGAACCACAACUUAAAGAAUACUUUGAUCAGUUUGGGACAGUUACAAGACUUCGACUUUCAAGGAGUAAAAAGACUGGGGGCAGCAAAGGUUAUGCAUUUGUGGAAUUUGAAUAUGAUGAAGUUGCUAAGAUCGUUGCAGAUACCAUGAACAACUACCUAUUCGGUGAACGACUUUUGAAAUGCCAGUUUAUGCCUCCUGAAAAGGUGUGUGAAAACCUGUUCAAAGGUAGCGAGAAAAUAUUCAGCAAGCCGUCCUAUCCAGCAGUGAAACGCUACAACCGGAGGCGAACAGCCCAAGAGAAAGCAAAGAUGAUGCAGCGGUUGCUGAAGAAGGAACGGCAGUUGCGGAAAAGGCUGGCUAAGAAGAGAAUUGAUUAUGAUUUUCCUGGCUUUGCCGCUGAAAUGCCUCUGAUUAAGAAAAAGAAGCUUUCAAAACUGAACUUGAGCAUGAAUGUGUCUGUGAGCAGUCAGGAUCCUACCCCUGUGUGUACCCCAUCAUUUCUUGAACGGCGAAAAUCUGAGCCAGAAGAUAGCAGUGACAAAGAAAUAACUUUCAAACUACCACCUGCAAGUAUAAAGACUGCGGCACAAAAAGCCAAAACAGCAAAGCUACAAAGAAAAACAGCUGGCACGAAAAGGAAAUGCAAAACUUAAAAUAUUUCUUCAGCUAAAGGACACAUUCAUUUCACAAGGAGUUUCCAAGCAGUCCUGAUUUUAGAGAGUCUUGCGUAGUUACAAUAGAUGAUCCUCACAUCAGUCUCCAAUCAAAACUAUAUUUCCUAAGUAUAACAAGCCAAUGUUCCCACAAGGAGAACUAGUUUAAGAUUCUGCCAACUUAGACCUAUUUCUGACCUACUGGGUGGGGGAGCUGAAAUGUACUGUCUUAAGCAUUUUAACUAAAGUGUGUGGCUGGUAUAAAAAAAUGUCGCAGAUGACCGGAGAGUAAACAUGUAUAGAUUGUCAGCAGAAACAGGAUAUUGAGGAAUAUUUUGUUUUUUUCCAACUAUGACUCAUUUGAAAUUAAGUUCGAAUAAAAAAAGUUGAAAUUCA